AUGGAGAAUCGAUCGUCGUCGGAGAUUGAGGCGGCACAAGGGCAAGAUGAUCGAAUCAAGGGUCCGUGGAGCCCAGAGGAAGAUGAGAUGUUGGUGAGGCUCGUGCAGCGACACGGCCCAAGGAAUUGGUCGUUGAUAUGCAAGUCGGUUCCAGGGAGAUCUGGGAAGUCGUGUCGUCUUCGAUGGUGUAACCAACUCUCACCAAUGGUAGAGCAUCGGGCAUUCACACCGGAGGAGGAUAACUUGAUCAUUAAGGCACAUGCUCGUUUUGGGAACAAGUGGGCUACGAUCGCUAGGUUUCUUGUUGGUCGUACAGAUAAUGCGAUCAAGAAUCAUUGGAACUCGACACUGAAAAGGAAGUUUGCUACGAUGAUGGAAAGCGGUUUUGUCGAUGUCGGUGGCUCUGGGGGAGAAGAUGAGCGUGUGGCUCAAGCACAAAGGGGAUUGGAGAGUGCUGACGUCACGAUGACGAUGUCUGGGUUGUGCCUUAGCCCCGAGUACGAGAGUCCAACAGGAUCUGAUCUUAGCGAUUCAAGUGUUCAGGUGAUUCCGCCCCCAAUUAAUGCUAAUGUGUAUCGACCGGUACCCAGAACAACCAUUGUUGUUCAUCCUUCUCAGGUUGUUGAAUCAACCCCUAUAUCCAAGCCGAUAACUAAUCCACCAAUUGCACUUACUCUGGGCUCGCAAUCCUAUGAGAUCCAUGAUCCUGCACCAAGCAUAGUGGUUCGCCCAACUCACUACCCUAACCAGAUCACCGAGUUCGCUCCUCCUCCAUCUCCGCCUCUGCCUCCGCCGCCGCCGCCACCACCACCGCCAUCUCCGCCUCUGCCUAUGCCUCCGAUGGUGGCCCCACAGACAAUGUCGACUCCCUCUGAAUUCCUUUCCCUGAUGCAAGCGAUGAUACAAAAAGAAGUUCGAAAUUACAUGUCAGGACUUUCAAACACUGAAGCCUACAUCCCAAGUGAUGGUGCUACUCAGACUGCAAGGGGUAAGUGCAUCGGAACCAACAGGAACGAGUGA